AUGUUCCAGCUCUCAUCGCUCGUACAAAAGGCGCAGUCCUUCAUUGACCCGACUAACUUCAUCCUUUCUUCGGCCUCCUCCGACCGAAAUCCUUCCAAAGCAUCACUCUUCCGUCAACAGUUUCGCCUUCCGGACUCCCAGAAUCCACUUCAAGAAAUAAGCGCUGAACUCGUAUUACCCGUCCCUUUCUCGGAUGCCUCACCGGCAACACAGGGUCCUAAGUAUGCGGAACGACCUGGAAAUCGAUAUGAAGGCAAUUUGCAUCUGAGCGAACGUUUCUUAUGUUUUUCGACUCAACAUACCAGCUUCUUGCCAUCUGCGAGUUUUGGUGCCUCCUCGGCCUUCACGGGCCAAACACAUGGGACAGGCCCCUCUGGAAAUGGGUUUACGAUGCCACUAUGUGCGAUUCGCAGGGUGGAGCGUCUGAAUAGUCUUGGUCAUGUAUUCUCCCUAGCACUGACGACGUGGAAUGGAGCGCUGGUAAAGAGUCAUGCGAAGGAAACAUCGGUUACACCACAAAGGUUUACGCUCAAUCUGAUAGGGAGUAGGCAUGCAUGUGAACGCUUCUGUGAUGGCUUAAAACGGGGUUUGAGGGAAGGGAUGAAGGAUGUGGAUAAUUUACGGAUGGUUGUUGCGGAUUGCCAUUCAGAGUAUUUGUUUAGUGGCCGGUCAACAAAAACAAAUGAUACAUCCGACCCGAACACCCCUCCAAGGGAACCGCCUGAUACCGGACUAGGUUUGCUGUUUAGGUAUCCUGGAGAUGCUCGCAAGCUGAGGGACCGAAGUAAGAUGAGAUUAUGGGGAGAGUAUUUUAGAGAGAACGGCCGUAAUGCAACCAUAAUUCGCCAACCAACCUUCCACAAAUUGAUUCGCGUUGGGCUGCCGAAUCGGCUUCGAGGAGAAAUAUGGGAGUUGACGUCCGGGUCGUUUUACGCCCGCCUCCGGGCUCCCAAGUUAUUUACGGAAACGCUUUCGAAGUUUUCUGGACGUGAGUCCCUUGCUAUAGAUGAGAUUGAAAAGGAUUUAAACCGAAGUCUUCCCGAAUAUCCGGGCUUCCAAAGCGAAGAAGGAAUUGGUCGGUUGCGAAGAGUUUUAACCGCUUACAGUUGGAUUAACGAAGAAAUUGGUUACUGUCAGGCUAUGAAUAUUGUUGUUGCCGCGUUAUUAAUAUAUAUGUCCGAAACCCAAGCCUUCUUCCUAUUAUCAGUUCUUUGUGAUCGCCUUCUACCCGGCUACUAUUCCACAACGAUGUAUGGAACCUUGCUGGACCAGAAAGUUUUCGAAUCGCUUGUAGAAAAGACGAUGCCCGUUCUCUGGGAACAUCUUGUUAGAUCAGAUGUUCAGCUUUCUGUUGUGUCUCUUCCAUGGUUUUUAUCUCUAUAUAUCAACUCAAUGCCCCUCGUGUUUGCAUUUCGUGUUCUAGACGUGUUCUUCCUCGAAGGACCAAAAGUCUUGUUUCAAAUCGGGUUGGCCAUUUUGCGGAUAAACGGCGAAGAUCUCCUUGAUGUGACAGAUGAUGGGACUUUCAUCUCAGUUUUAAAAUCUUACUUUUCGAGGCUCGAUGAAUCCGCACAUCCCCGCUCAGAAAACCCUAAACUGAGAGCGAUUACUCGAUUUCAAGAGUUAAUGGUUGUUGCUUUUAAGGAGUUUCAGGCGAUUACCCACAACACCAUUACAGAGGAGAGAGAUAAACAUAAGGAUGUGGUACUAGAUAAUAUCGAGAGCUUUGCGAAGCGAACAUCGAUCCGCAAUUUAGGCCCGGAGAGUAAACGCCUAAGUGUGGAUGAUUUAGGCGCGAUUUAUGACCGUUUUUUUGAGAGAUUGUAUGACCAUCAACAAAGAGUGAGGAAGGCUGACGAAGAGAAAAGAUGGAAGGAGAAAGAGAAUCGCAGAACUAUCGCCCGCUAUUCGGCCCUGAUGCCAACCCCUGGUGCAGAAAUCGGAAGGGUUGGACUUGGACCCAGUCCUACUCUCAUGGAUUAUGAAUGUUUCCGAGAAUUCCUGGCCGCCACCGCCAAAUGGGCAACCACAGAUUCUUCGGCUUCACGAAAAGACUCAUCCACGGAACGUGGUACACAUUCAAACACCAGUUUCAGGGGACGCAGCAAGUCUUGGGAUUCUAGCAAUAGACCACAGCCGGCGGACCAUGAGUUUAUGAGACGACUGUUCCGCAACUGGGAUGUUGAUAAGGUUCAGGGCCUAAGUCUACAAAAUGUUGUGAACGGACUUGCUCGUAUAAAGGGAACUAGGGAUAUUAUGAACACGAUCAACUACUUUUUCGAGCUUUAUGACGACAGCGGGACAGGGCAAGUAGACAGAGAAGGCAUCUUGCGAAUGUCGGAAGCCCUACUCUUCCUAUCGAGAAGAGGGUUCGACGGCGCAUUGGUUUCUAGUGACGCAGCAAAUGCUGAAAACCCCGCUUCACCACCUGAGCAAGGCGUGAUGAAUAGAACAGAUUUGAGCACUGAGGAGAAAUUCCUGGGAAGUGUGAGCGCUUUUAUACGACGGUGUUUUGAAUACGCGGAUCCCAGUCACCCACAAAACCAAGACAAGGCAACAAGUGAGAUCGAGUGCAAGGAGGGUGCAUUUGCCAUUGGAGACGAUGAGGACGAGGAAGGGGAGUGCCUAGACAUAACUGCAAAUGCCAACAACAAUAAGGAAAACACCAGUACCAAUAGUGUGUCCUCUUCACCCAAAUCAACGGCUCCUUCACAAAGCAGUACAACAACAAAUCACAAACAAGAGUCCAAAUCCGCAAACCUUGCGCUCGACCCGGCCCACCCAUUACACAUCACUAUUCCAACAUUCCGCAUGGUAAUCCUCGCCGAUGAGCUCCUAGAACAAUUCUUUGAAACAUUCUUCCCUCAAUCAUUCCAUCUUUCAGAUACUCCCAACUUCGCUUCCCUCCGUAACACCUCUCUCUCCUCCAACCUCACCACUUUCACCAACCUCGGCGCAGGACGUCAAGGAACAAGCACAGCAUCUGCAGCAGGAGCCACGGUCGCCGGAGCUUCAGGUGGCAUCGUUCCACCGGGCCACAAGGGCCUUCGUGGAGUCUUAGAUAACAUAGUCUCUGAUGGAAUGCGCAUGGCGGCCGAAGUACGUAAGAAGAUGGAUGAGGCCCAGCGGGAAAUGGAGAAAAGCGCGCUUGCUGGGCGGGCGGAUGAAGAUGAGGAUGAUGAUGAUGAUGAUGUGAUGUAUGAUGAUAGCAGAAGCGGGCACAGAUCGACGAUGACUGGUGGUGGGCGAUCAUCUGCCCGUGAUUCAGAUCAUGAUCUGUUGGAGGGGGCUGAGGUUGUCAGUUUGAGGGACAGGGAUGAUGCGAACGGCGACGGAGAUGGGGAUGAGAUUGGGCAUGGACGUGGCGGGACGAAUGCUCAUGAACCUCGAACGUAA